GCAACUGUGUGAUUCUAGUUAAAUCUGCUCUGUUGAUCAUUUCCCUCAGAUCUUCAACUGUUUCUCUUUCCACUAUUAUUAAUCUCAUUCUGUCGUCUUUUGAACAGAAGCUGUGGUCCACACCUUCAUCUCUUCCUCAUUGUUGCUGUUCAUCCUGGUCUUACUCCAGUCCAGCAGGAGGCGCUAGUGCACCUUUACGCUGAUCACAAAACGACACUAAAACCAGAAGCUGUUCCAGGUCUCAAGCUGUUAGCAGCGUUAGCUUGUUGCUGGUUAGCAGCGUUAGCUUGUUGUGUGGGUGUGUGAGGUGAACCUCUGAGGCUCUGCAGCAACAAUGUCUUCAGCUCAGUCUCUGAGAGAGUUUAUCAGAGAGCGGCUAACUGCUGCUGCUGCAGAAAUAUUCUCCGAGUUUGAACAAACCAUCGUCCGCUACGAGGAAGAGAUCGAUCGUCAGCGCAGACUGCUGGAGAUCAGCUGGAAACCACAGAUCAACUUACACAGAAUAGAACUCCCGCUGCAUGAUGUCAGGAGAGAUGAGGAGGUUCUGACUGACCAGCAGCUCUGGAACCAGGAGACGACCUCCAGUUUGGACCAGGAACAACCAGAACCUUUACAGGAGGAACCAGAACCUCCACAGAUGAAAGUGGAGCAGGAUGAGUCAGAACCUUUGCAGGUUCUAGAACAAGAGGAGCUCUGCAUGAGUCAGGAUGAAGAGCAGCUUGUACUGAAGCAGGAGACGGUGACCUCCCUUGUGACUCCUGCUGAUGAGGACAGAGACCACCAUGGACCAGAACCAGACAGACACCAGCUCCUUUUGUCACUGCUUCCUGAGGCUGAGACCAGAGCUGCUGCUCCUCCAGGGUCCACAGAACUUCCACAGCAUCAUGUCUUGGAAAAGGAGGAGGUUCUGACUGACCAGCAGCUCUCUAACCAGGAGACCACCUCAGAUUUGAACCAAAAGGAACUGCAGGAACUCUGUAUUGGUCAACGUGAAGGGCUGUUCACUGGGAAGCAGGAAAAUGUUUUCUUUAAAAUUUCUUCUUCUGAAGACACAGACAGCUGGGAACCAGAACUAAACAUGAACCAACCCUUGUGUCACAGUUUUACUGAAGAUGAGAACCAAGAUCAGGAUGGACGCAGAAAUGAAUAUUCAGAACCAAACGACAACAAACGUCAACAGACCAAAGAUCACAGAGACGGUGUAGACAGUCACAAACUAAAAAGACACAAGGUGGCUCACAGAGACAAGCAACAAUUUUCAUGUCCUUUCUGUGGGAAACCUUUUAGUUGCAAGUCUUUUUUAACUUGUCACAUGAGAACUCACAAAGGUCAGAAACCAUAUGUUUGUAAAACUUGUAAUAAAGAUUUUGCCAGCAAUAGUACCUUGAUUAAACACAUUAGAACUCACACAGGUGAGAAACCAUAUCCUUGUAAAACUUGUGGUAAAUCUUUCUCUCAAUUUGGUAACUUGAUUUGUCACACGAGAACUCACACAGGUGAGAAACCCUAUCCUUGUAAAACUUGCGGUAAAUGUUUUUCUCAAAUUGGGAACUUGACUCGUCAUCUGAGAACUCACACACGUGAGCAACCAUAUCCAUGUAAAACCUGUGGUAAAUGUUUCUCUCAAAUUGGCCAUUUGACUACUCACAUGAGAAUGCACACAGUUAACAAACCAUAUCAACUUCCACAGCAUAAUGUCUGGGAAAAGGAGGAGGUUCUGACUGACCAGCAGCUUUCUAACCUGGAAACCACCUCCAGUUUGGAUCAAAAGGAACCAGAACCUCCACUGAUCAAAGAGGAACAUGAAGAACUUUUUUUCCAUCAGAAUGAAGGGCAGUUCAUUCUGAAGCAGGAAAAUGUUUCCUUCAUUGUUACUACUACUCAUGAAGAAAUUGAAAACUGUGAACCAGAACAAAGCAGGAACCAGUCUUUGUGUCAGAGUUCUACUGAAGCUGAGAACCAAGAUCAGGAUGGAAGCAGGAAUGAAAACUCAGAACCAACCAGCAACAAAGAACUGACAUGGAAUAAAAGACGUCCACAAACCAAAGAUCACAGAGACAAUUUAGACAGUCAGAAACUAAAAAGACACAAGAGGGCUCAUAGUGAUAAGAGACGGUUUUCAUGUAAACUCUGUGGGAAAUCUUUAAUUUACAAGUCUUUAACUUGUCACAUGAGAACUCACACAGGUGAGAAAUCACUUAGAUGUAAAACUUGUGGUACAUUUUUUACCCAAAAUAGUGACUUGAUUAGGCACAUGAAAACUCACACAGGUGAGAAACCGUAUCCUUGUAAAACUUGUGGUAAAUGUUUCUCUAGGAGUGAUCACUUGACUACUCAUAUGAGAACUCACACAGGUGAGAAAUCACUUAGAUGUAAAACUUGUGGUAAAUUUUUUACCCAAAAUAGUGACUUGAUUAGGCACAUGAAAACUCACACAGGUGAGAAACCGCAUCCUUGUAAAACUUGUGGUAAAUGUUUCUCUAGGAGUGAUAACUUGACUACUCAUAUGAGAACUCACACAGGUGAGAAACCGCAUCCUUGUAAAACUUGUGGUAAAUGUUUCUCUAGGCGUUCUUGUUUGGCUUGUCACAUGAAAAUUCACCACAGGUGAGAAGUCUUUUUUUUCCCAGGUUUGAUCUGUAGAGUGAGAUUCAGACAAAUAUUCUCAUGUGAAAUUUCACUCUUGAUUCGUAAAAUGUGUUUGUUAAAUGUUUUCCUCACCAAAGUAACCUGACUCAAAACAUGAGAAUUCAUACAGUUAAAGAGCAAACUGCAGAUAUAUAUCUUUUUUCAUAUAAAACACUGUUCAUAAAAUGCUAUUUGAAACACUUAUUGUGGGUAUUUUGUUUUGCAAUACAUAAUGGCACUUUUUUUAAAGUAAAAAGUGGCCUAUAUCAGCAAAGCUUCAAAAAACACUUUUUUAAAACAAAAAAUUAACCUAGGAUGUAAUAGAGAGUUAUAAGCUAGUCCUGCCUCAAGCACUACCAAGUAGGGUAUUUAUGGAUAUAUUGUGAUUUCUUAGUGGAUAUUCUAUUAACUAAGAAAUAAACUUAUUUUGUCUUUA